GGAAUCAUUCAGAAGAUCGUGGACAUUCAUAAGGUCAAACACGUGGCUUGUUUCGGGCUGCGUCUCACUCACGUUCCGUCGGGCGACAUCCACUGGCUCCACCCGGAUAUGGGCGUGUCCCACGUGAGGGAGAGAUACGAGCAGAACCGCCCACAGGACGAAUGGAGGUAUGAGCUAAGGAUCCGUUACCUGCCCAAGGGCUUCCUCAAUCAGUUCGCUGAAGACAAACCCACUCUCAACUAUUUUUAUCAGCAGGUGAAGAAUGACUACAUGCUGGAGAUUGCGGAUCAGGUGGAGCAGGAGAUGGCGCUGAAGCUGGGGUGUCUUGAGAUCAGGAGAUUCUACAGAGAGAUGAGAGGAAACGCUCUGGAUAAAAAAUCCAACUAUGAACUGCUAGAUAAAGAUCAUGUUCCAUUAAGAUAUUUUCUUCCAGCAUCCGUGUGUGACAGUGUGCAGGCCAAAACGCUGAGGAAACAGAUCCAACAGACGUUUAAGCAGUUCGCCAACCUGAACGACGACCAGAGCAUACUGAAGUUCUUUGAGAUCCUGGCGCCCGUCCACAGAUUCGACAAAGAGUGCUUUCGAUGUGCUCUGGGGUCGAGUUGGGUCAUAUCAGUGGAUCUCGCUAUCGGUCCCGAGGAGGGAAUCAGUUACCUGACAGACAAGGGCUCCACGCCGACACAUCUGGCCAACUUCACGCAGGUGCAGAGCAUCCAUUACUCCUGCGUGGAGGAGAAGGAGAGGAAGGGCGUCUUACAGCUGGACGUGGCAGGAGCCGCUGAGCCUCUCACGAUCAGCACGCCGUCCUUCGCCGCCGCUGAGAACAUGGCCGACCUCAUCGACGGAUACUGUCGCCUGCUCAACGCCGUCAGCCAGUCCUUCAUCGUCAGACCGCAGAAAGAGGGGGAAAGAGCUCUUCCAUCCAUUCCAAAACUGGCCAACAGUGAGAAGCGGCUGGAGGGGAUCCGGGCAGGAGUUCGUGCCAUCUCUGUUUCAGAAGAUCUAAGCGGAGAUGAAACAGAUGACUACGCAGAGAUCAUAGAUGAGGAGGACACCUACACCAUGCCCUCUACCGAAUGCUAUGGAUUAGACGCAGCUCAGGACUAUGAGAUCCAGCGGGACAGAAUCGAGUUGGGACGGUGUAUCGGCGAGGGCCAGUUUGGUGACGUCCACCAAGGGGUUUACAUCAGUCCGGAGAAUCCAUCGUUAACAGUGGCCAUUAAGACGUGUAAGAACUGCACCUCAGACAGCGUGCGUGAGAAGUUCCUGCAGGAAGCUCUGACAAUGCGGCAGUUCGACCAUCCGCACAUUGUGAAGUUGAUUGGAAUCAUCACUGAAAAUCCCGUCUGGAUCAUCAUGGAGCUGUGCACGCUUGGAGAGUUGAGGUCGUUCUUGCAAAUAAGGAAGUACAACCUGGACCUGUCCACGCUGAUUCUGUUCGCCUACCAGCUGAGCACAGCGCUGGCGUACCUGGAGAGCAAACGCUUCGUGCACAGGGACAUUGCUGCCAGGAACGUGUUGGUGUCUUCCACAGACUGUGUGAAGCUUGGUGACUUCGGUCUCUCCAGAUACAUGGAGGACAGCUCCUAUUAUAAAGCUUCUAAAGGGAAACUGCCAAUCAAAUGGAUGGCUCCUGAAUCCAUAAACUUCCGUCGGUUUACUUCGGCCAGCGACGUCUGGAUGUUCGGUGUGUGUAUGUGGGAAAUCCUCAUGUUCGGCAUCAAGCCCUUCCAGGGCGUGAAGAAUAACGACGUGAUCGGGCGGAUAGAGAACGGCGAGAGGUUAGCGAUGCCCCAGAACUGCCCUCCGACCCUCUACAGCCUGAUGACCAAAUGCUGGACGUACGACCCCAGCAAACGGCCGCGCUUCACCGAACUGCAGACGCAGCUCAGCACUAUCCUGGACGAGGAGAAGGCCCAGCAGGAGGAGCGUUUCCGUAUGGAGAUGAGGAGACAGGUCACCGUGUCCUGGGACACUGGGAAUUCAGACGAGGCUCCUCCGAAGCCCAGCAGACCUGGUUACCCGAGUCCUCGAUCCAGUGACGGUUAUUUCCCUAGUCCUCCGCACAAUCACUACCAGGGGUCUGGAUAUCCCGGUGCAGGAUUCCCGCCGCAGGCGUCUGUCCUCGACCCGCAUGAAGCAUGGAACCAUCACAGACACGAGGUUCCUGUGUGGUCUCCAAACAUGGAGGAUGGGGGCGCUCUGGGGCGGAGUCAGGGGAUGGAGGAGACGCUCAUCAAGCAGCAGCAGCAGAUGGAGGAGGACCAGAGAUGGCUGGAGCAGGAGGAGAGCUUCCUGAAUCCGGAGUCGAGGAACUCGAGGGGCAGCAUCGACCGUGAGGACAGCACUCUCCAGGCCCCGAUGGGGAAGCAGCACAUUUAUCAGCCCGUGGGUAAAGCAGAACUUGUGGCUCCUCCAAAGAAGCCGCCGCGUCCCGGCGCUCCGUGUCACCUGACCAACCUGAACCCUGUGGACAGUUACAACGAGGGUGUCAAGCCCUGGAGGAUCCAGCCUCAGGAGAUCAGUCCUCCUCCCACAGCAAACCUGGACCGCUCCAGUGAUAAGGUGUAUGAGCACGUGACGGGGCUGGUGAAGGCCGUGAUCGAGAUGUCCAGCCGCAUCCAGCCCGCGCCGCCCGAGGAGUACGUCCCCAUGGUGAAGGAUGUUGGACUGGCGCUCAGGACUUUACUAGCGACGGUGGACGAGACCAUCCCAGUGUUACCGGCCAGCACUCACAGAGAGAUCGAGAUGGCUCAGAAGCUGCUGAACUCAGACCUGGCGGAGCUCAUCAGUAAGAUGCGUCUGGCGCAGCAGUACGUCUUGACCAGCCUGCAGCAGGACUACAAGAAGCAGAUGCUGACCGCGGCUCACGCGCUCGCCGUCGACGCCAAGAACCUGCUGGACAUCAUCGACCAGGCGCGGAUGAAGAUGCACUGACUCCUCCUGAUGCUGGAUCAUCAGCCGGACCUUCAACACAGCACACCCUACACAAAUACACCUUCAUUACAGAGAUUGGUGCAUUUGGUGGAGCGGAGAGGAUAUUGCAGACGUAUCGUUUUAUAACCGCUAGCGGCAUCAUGCUUUAUUUUGUAUCCAGAAAUGAACUUUCUCAGCGCUGGAGAACCUGCAGCUGGAACCCAAUGAACGCCAAUAAUGCUUUUCCAAUGAUCCAAAGGCUUCUCAACGCCACAAAUGAUUUUAUAUAUUAUAUUAUCAAGGUGCUUUAACAACCUCCUCUUGAGAAACUCAGGGGUCCGACGCGCCUCUCAUGAACACUCAAAGCCAAACCAGUCAUAUUUAACAGAUCUUUUAAAGGAAUCGCAGCUAUUGUAUGAAACCGAGGGCAAUUCCAAUGCCAAUAUAGUCACAUAUCAGUCACUUGAAGCACAUAUUGAUCAAUUGUUAUAAUCGAAGCUGCCUUCUGAAUUCAUUUUAAGAGACUCAAUUCUGUAAAAUCAUGUCAUGUUGGGUUUUUUUUACCACACGUUAGGGUUGAAGUGACCCGUUUGAGUUCGGACUAGAAUUAACUUUGUGUACAGAACAAUCGUGAAAUCCAUUUUGUCAUUGAUAUAAAUUAUUCUCAGGAAGAAGCAACUGUACAGAUCGUUUAACGAU